CUAGCUGGAGCUGAUAUACAAGUACUAAAUUCAUUAAAAUUGAAGCAGGAUUCUCAGAAGUAUGUAUAUCUUAAAAAUGGUGGAAAUGGUUUAUCUAAUGGAUCAGAUGAUGCUGACAAUUUUAAAACAGUCAUGAAUGGUAUGGAAGUAAUAGGAUUUACAUCAGAUGAAAUAAACCAAGUAUUAAAACUAGUAUCUACAGUAUUAAAACUUGGUAAUAUAGAAUUUACACCUAAAGAUAAUAAUGAUGGUACAGAUGGCUGUGAUAUUGGUGCUGAAAACGAGGUACAAGAGGUGUGUGAAUUGUUAGGAUGCAGUAAAGGUAUAUUAGCUACAGCAUUAACUCAAAGAACUGUGGAGGUUAAAGGUGAUAAAGUUAAAACAGAUUUAAAAUCUGCUGAGGCGUAUUAUGCUCGAGAUGCCGUAUGUAAAGCUUUCUAUAGUAGAAUGUUCUCUUGGUUAGUACAGAGAAUUAAUGACAGUAUUAAGGUAAAGAGAAAAGUCAAGACUAAAGUGAUGGGUGUUUUAGAUAUUUAUGGUUUUGAAGUUUUUCAGAACAACAGUUUUGAACAGUUUAUUAUCAACUAUUGUAAUGAGAAACUACAACAGAUAUUUAUUGAACUUACUUUAAAAGAAGAACAAGAAGAAUAUGUAAAAGAAGGUAUCAAAUGGAUUCAAGUGGAAUAUUUUAACAAUGCUGUUAUCUGUGAUCUAAUUGAAAAAAGUAAUGUUGGUAUAUUAGCAUUAUUAGAUGAAGAAUGUCUAAGACCCGGUAAUACAACAGACAAAACGUUUUUGAAUAAAUUAAACCAAAGAUGUGCUCAACAUCCUCACUAUGAGAGCAGAAGUUGUAAAAAAACCCAGUCAGAUAAAAGUCUGUCACAUGAUGCGUUUAGGUUACGUCAUUAUGCUGGUAAUGUACUGUAUAAAGUAGAAGGUUUUCUGGAUAAAAAUAAUGAUCUAUUAUUCCGUGAUUUAUCUCAGGCUAUGUAUGCAUGUAAACAUCCAUUACUAAAGACCUUAUUUCCAGAAGGAAAUCCUUCCCAAAGAUCUUUCAAGAGACCAGUAACAGCAGGGUCACAAUUCAAGGUUUCUGUAACAGAACUAAUGAAGAAUUUGUUAUCUAAAAAUCCUAAUUAUAUUAGAUGUGUGAAACCAAAUGAUGAUAAAAAGGCUCAGGUGUUGGACGUUGACCUUACUAGACAUCAAGUACGAUAUCUUGGUUUAAUGGAGAAUGUACGGGUAAAAAGAGCAGGUUAUGCAUUCAGACAAUCUUAUGAAAUAUUUUUGUAUCGCUAUAAGAUGUUGGCUAAAGAAACCUGGCCAUUAUGGAAAGGUGAACCCAAAGAUGGUGCUAAGACAAUACUAGAAAGUCAGAUGAUACCAACAGAAGAAUAUGCUUUUGGCAAAUCAAAAAUAUUUAUUCGAAAUCCGAAGACGUUAUUUGAUAUGGAAGAAAGAAGAAGAGAUAAAAUGGAAGAUUUAGCUAUAUUAGUACAGAAAAUGUGGAAAGGUUGGAAACAAAAGACAUUAUAUAGAAAAAUGAGAACUAGUCAAGUAAUUAUAUCAGCUAAAUACAGAGGUUAUUGGGCAAAGAAAUGUUUCUUGCAUAAGAAAAAAUGUUGUCUACUAAUACAGUGCUAUAUUAGAGGCUGGAGGGCCAGACGACUUCUAGCCAGAUUAAAACAUGAGAAAAGAGUGAAAUGGGCAGUAAGUGUUAUCUACAAAUAUCAACGUGGAUGGCAGGCGCGCAAGUUAUGUAGACAAGUACGUCUUGAGAAAAAAAUAUCUGAAGCAGCUAGCAUUAUCCAGAAGUACUUCAAGGGUUGGAGAGUGCGUAAACACUACAGGAGUAAAUUCAGAGCAAAGGCUGGACCCAAGAUUGCCAAAUUUAUGAAAAUAGCUGUGAAGAAGCAGUUUUUAUUAAAACUCAAAGGAAAUCUACCAUCAACAUCACCAAUAUCACAAGACUGGCCAAAAUGUUCACCUCUCUUUAAAGAUGUCUCCCAAGAACUGAAGAAAAUCUUUCACAAGUGGAGGUGUGCUAAAUAUAGAGAAAGAUUUGAUCAAAUUAAAAGAUAUCAAAUGAAAGAGAAGGUGACAGCGAGUGAUAUUUUUAAUGGAAAAAAAGAAACAUAUUCACAAAGUGUUGGAAAACCAUUUGAAGGUGAUUAUAUAGGUUUACAACAAAAUAGUGUAUGGCAGAGAGUAUAUAAAACUACACCAGAUCAACAUGUUGUAUUUGCUGAUACUGUUACUAAAGUUAAUCGGGCAAAUGGAAAACAUGAUAGUAAUGGCGAUAUUUUUUCAAAGAAGGGAGAUUUUAUAUUUUGUAACGAUAAUGUUAUCGAGUUUGUAACUAAAGCUUAUCUUGUUGUACAGAAUCAUACUGGUGAACCACCUGAAGUACAGAUCAGUCAACAGUUUUUUGCAGAUUUGAAAGGAUCAACUGUAGAAAUAUCAAUAAAAAAAGGAGAAAAUAUAGAUGGUGGUUUAUUGAAAGUUAUAAGAAAGGGAAACAGAUUAGAUGUUAUACAAACAUAAUUAAUCGUAAUAAUUUUACUAUAAGAUCUGUAAUAAUGUGGUAAUUAAUCUGUUAUGUUUCCAAGAUCGGUAAUAAUUCUAUCAGAUUUGUAAUAAUGAUAAGAUCUGUAACAAUGCUAAAAUUCCUGAUAAUUGCAUUGAAGAUCGGUAAUAUUGUAAAGAUGUGUUAUAAUUCAGAGGUCUAUGGUUAACAAAGUUAUAAGCAUAAAAUUAUUAUUAAGGAAAAUGUAAUAAGGUAUACCGAGUAUGAUAAAAUACAGUAAUGAAAGUACUUGGUCAGAAAGGAAAGUUUUUGAAAAUAUUUUAUUUAAUAACUUAUGUUUAUGAAUUAAUUAUGGUGCAUGAUAAAUUUCUUUUAUUCUGGACUACUAUCUUACAAAUAUUAAUCAAACUAUAUAAUGUGCUCUAAUAAUUGUAUUAAAUUAAAUUAUGUGUUGGUACAUGUAUCUAGUCACACACACACACACACACACACACACAUUUAUAAAUAUAUAUAAUUAAUAAUGAUAUAUGCAUUUAUAUUGAUAUUAUAUUAGCUUUAUAUGUUUAGUUGAUUAUAUUAUAGCAGAGAAUUUAAAAGAGUUUUAACUAUUUAUACAUUUGUCUUUAAUUUAAGAUUGUUAUUUUCAUACACCCAUGUAUAUAUUGUCGUCACCCCUUGUGGACCGUCUAGAAAUUUAAAAUUUAUGCAGUGUUAUGUUAGGGAGACAAAGAAUCUUAUUGAUUUUCAACAAUUUCUGUUAAUUACAGUGGGAGUUAUUGCCCUUGACCAAUUUGAGAAAUCUUGUUGAUGCUCAAGUUAUCUGACUAAUACAGUGUUAUGUACAUGACACAAGGAAGUUUCUUUAUAUUUAAAGUUUUCUGAUAAUUACUGUCAGGGUUAUCACCCUUGAUCAACUUGUACAUUUAUGGUUAUGAUUAAACUGAAAAAUCUUGUGGAUGUUCUAAGGUAGGGUGGUCUUCGAAGAAAGCAGGGAACUAUUAAAAUGAGUUCGACCGUCCAUCUGUCUGUCUGUCUGUCUGUCCGUCCGUCUGUCUGUCCGUCACCCUUUUUGGGACACAAUAACUCUCUUUCUAAUUGAGCUAGAAUGUUCAAACUUGGUGUAGGUGUUUAUUAGGUCAAUUCCUUGAUGGAGUUCGAAGAUGAGUAUUUUCUGCUUAGGCUAAGCAGAGAUAAGCAAUUUGAUUGAUUAAUGCUUUGGGACACUAUAACUUUCGUUCUAAUGAAGUGAGAGUGAUGAAACUUGGUAUAUAGUUUCAUUACAUCAAUACCUUGACUAAUUUUGAUAAUAAGCAUUUUCUGCUCAGGGUAAGCAGAGUGAUAAGCAAUUUGAUUGGCCGAGACUUUGGAACACAAUAACUCUCUUUCUAAUUGAGCUAGAAUGUUCAAACUUGGUGUAGGUGUUUAUGAGGUCAAUGCCUUGAUGGAGUUCGAAGAUGAGCAUUUUCUGCUUAGGGUAAGCAGAGAUAAGCAAUUUGAUUGGUUGAUCCUUUGGGACACGAUAACUUUAGUUCUAAUUAAGUGAGAGUGAUAAAACUUGGUGUAUAGUUUCAUUAUAUCAAUACCUUGACUAAGUUCGAUAAUGAGCAUUUUCUGCUUAGGGCAAGCAGAGUGAUAAGCAAUUUGAUUGGUCGAGACUUUGGAACACAAUCACUUUCAUUCUAAUUGAGUUAGAAUAUUCACACUUGGCGUAGGCGUCUAUUAGGUGAAUGUCUUGAUGGAGUUCGAAGAUGAGAAUUUUCUGCUUAAGGUAAGCAGAGAUAAGCAAUUUGAUUAGUUGAUGCUUUGGGACAUGAUAACUUUAGUUCUAAUUAAGUGAGAGUGAGGACACUUAUUGUAUAGCUUUAUUACAUCAAUACCUUGACUAAGUUCGAUAAUGAACAUUUUUUGCUGAGAGUAAGCAAAGUGAUAAGCAAUUUGAUUGAUUGAGCACAAUAGCUCUCCUUAUAAUUGAGGAGAAUGUUCAAACUUGGUGUAGGCGUUCAUUAGGUAAAUGCCUUGAUGGAGUUCGAUGAUGAACAUUGUCUGCUUACGGUAAGCAGAGAUAAGCAAUCUGAUUGGUUGAUGCUUUGGGGCACGAUAACUUUGGUUAUAAUGAAGAGAGAGCGAUGAAACUCUUAAUAUAGAUUCAUUUUAUCAUUACCAUGACUAAGUUUGAUGGUGAGAAUUUUCUGCUUAGGCUAAGGAGCGAUAAGCAAUUUGAUUGAUCUAGACUUAGGAACAUAACAACUCUUUAAACUUGAUGUAGAUGUUCAUUAGGUGAAUGUCUUGACUGAGUUCAAUGAUUAACAUUUCGAGCUGAAGCUAUAAAGCAGAGCUAAUCGAUUUCAUUUGUCGAUGCUUUGGGACAAGAUAAUCUUGAUUCUAUCUGAUAGAGAGUGAUGAAACUUAGUGUAUGGUUUAUUGCUUGAUACUUUUGAAAUAAAUAAAUGUGCGAUUAAUUAAUAUGUGUCAUCUAUUUAUUUUGGGAUUUCGGCAGGGGACAUCAGCCUCACUGUUGGCUUGUUAUAAAAAAACGUAGAAAUAUAUAUUAAGAUUCAAGGUUCUUUCUUUUCUUGUAUCUCUUUGCUGGGAUUGACAGGUGUUUCCACAUAUUGGUAAAAAUUUCAACACUGUCCUACGGACAAUAUUGUGCCAACAUAUGAAACUAAAAUAAAAAUGUCACAUACUGUUUAUAUGUAACAUUCAACAAAUUGCCUUUUUUUAGUCCACUUUGCCAUGUUUUGUUUUUUUCUCUGAAAAAUUGCAAGAAAAUGUUCCAAAGAUUUUGCGAAUUAACUUACUACUGAUUUGUCAUUAUAUUAUAACAUGUUAUUAGGGUUGGGUAUAUAUGAACUUUUUCCUGUGACAUGUGGUUUCUAUGGCCAUUUUGUACGCUGAACACAAAUCCGUCUGAAUUUUUGACCUAGGAUGACCUUUGACCCUGGAAAAUUAAAUUUAUUGAAAAUGGCAGUCAAAUUUCAUGUUUUUGGUCAAAUAUAUAAACAUACCGUCAAAUACCUAGAUAUAAAGGUUCUAUAGGUAGGAAAGAAUGUAAAACAACAUUUCAGAACAGAAUCCGUGGGAUUUCGUCGAUUGUGAACAAACUACUGAAUAAUUGUUAUUAAAAACUUGCCUAUGUGUUUGAAAUGACCUCCGGUUGAAUAAAAUCCAUUGCACAAUUGAAUAUCCCAACGAAAAAAAAGUUCUCUCUUGAAAAGUCAAUGUUUUUGCUUGCAUUUUCGACUAAGUUCAUCACAACAUUGUACAUGUCACGCGAUGAGCUAAACCACCUUAAUAUGUUGAAGGGGGCAAUGGUUGACAAAUUUUGACAAUCACGUGUGCUGCAAUCACAACAACGCGCGACCUUUCCGAUCGUUUGAGUUUGGGCAACAAAAAUGGCAACUGAAGACAAUAAAAGUAAUUUGGAAACAAUUGAUUGUCAGUCUACUAAAUUUUAUACUCAAUGAAUAUAUCACCUAUUAACGAAUAUUCGUAAAUAAUGUUUUUCACAUCAUCAUCACCCCAUAAUUGUAAAUACCCUGUAUAUUAUUCAUAUUUUAAUAAAUUAUAUUAGGCCCUACAUCCCUGUCAAUUAUAUGCAACUCUGUGGCUAACAUUUAUAAAUAAACAAACUUUAUUUCAUAAUUUUAAUUGAUAAUAUUUCAUAACGCGGGAUCUAAUCCCAAUGCUGUGUGGUUAUUAGUCCAUUUUCAAAGUUUUAUGAUUACCACAAAAACUAUGAAAAAAGGCCACCGCUUCUCAAUAAUUUUUAUAUUUAAUUCUCGUUCCGACUGUUCACGUCAAUAAUAUUCCUGAUCAAAUUACUUUUUUGGAGGUUUAUUCGACAGAUGCUGAAAUCGAAACAUUGUUGAUAAGAACAGUUCAGGAUGUCUAAACAUCGUUUAUCGUCUUUAUAAAAAUGUAUUUAAAACAAAAUAUUAUGAACAGUUUUUGCACAACGGAAAUGAUAUUCGAAGAGAAAUAGAAAGACAUGGAACUAUCUGCUGAUAAUUAAACCAAUGUGCGGUAUGAUUUGUUGUUGAUAAUAAUUUUUGGUAUUUAUAAAAAAAAAUUAAUAACAUUAUAUACCUAUUCAAUGAUUCAAUGGCCUCGAGUAUUAAUUUUGCCGAGGCAAAUGUAAAAUACAUCGGCAUUUAUGCAUUUACCCCAGCUACAGCAAAUUGCAGAGGUUAAUUGACAGGACUGCUUAAGUUCAUCAGAAAAUAUUAAAGGAAUGUCGUUCUUUUUGUUCUGCACUAGGGUGACCACCUUUGCUUGAUCAUAUUGCGGGACAUUAUCUUUUUAAAAAACAACUGAGGCAGAAUGCAUAACAAUGUUGAUGUAUAGUUACUUCACUUUUCGACAUAGCAACAAUAGAAAAUUAAACUAUGAAAUAUUCACACAAGCUUGGUUUGUAUUCGUAUGUCAUAUGAUAUUUAGGCUACAUAGCAACAAUAUAAAUUCAAGUCAUAUAAUAUUUAUAUCAGCAUGUUUUGUAUUCGUAUGCCAGCAUCAUCUUGCAUUUAAAAAAAAAAACGAACACAAUUUCUUUUAUAGAUGUAAAAAUAUCUUUCUUUCGUUUCAAACAAAAUAUAUAAAUUAUUAAUUUGUGCGACAGAACCAUUUGAAAGGGUGUGUGUAAAUAUGUAUCAUGACAUUGAAUGAAAUUUUUAAGUUACAAUCAAAUGACUGCCGAAUUAUCAUCCAUGUACAUUGAUCGUUUGUCGCUAAAAUUAAAUCAUGCUGAAGGUAGUGAAAUGUAUUGAGAUUUUAUCGCUAAUGUUUAAUCAUGCUGAAUGUUGUGGAACUUAUUGAGAUUUUAUAAUAACUGAGUAUAAAGGAUGUUAUGCUGGUUUAAGAUACAUUAUUUAAGAGCUGGGGGUUGGAUGGCCGAAUGGUUAGCACGUGCGAGUAUCAUAAAGUCUGUCAUUGAGUCAACUGGCAUGGUUUCGAUUCCCCGGUUGUACAUGACAAGGAGUAGGGUUGCCUGUCCAACCUCGUCGGUUUCUCCUCCAGUUUCCUCCCACUGCUAAAGACCCCUAUGCGGAAGCGAAUGAUUGAAAUACAAUUAAACCAUGUGUUAGUCCCAAUAUGACCUAGUUUGUGUUGAGUUGAUGUUAAACCCCAUCUCUCUCUCUCUCUCUCUCUCUCAUUUAAGAGCUAAAUUUGCCUAUUGCAGAUCUUUCCUUUGACUUCAAAUGUUUUAUAAAUAAUUUAUUUACAUACCAGGCACAUAAUCAACUCUCUAGAACUUCAGAUGGUUUUGAUUUUCAACAGAUUUAUGAUUUAAUUUAAAAUGACAAUCGAGAGUACACUGUUCUGUAAACGACGAUAACUACUCUCAGAAUGAAGUAAUUUGACUGACAUUUUCAACAUAUUCCCUUUUCAUUAUCUAUUUUUUAAAGAUACAAUAUGUAAGAUUUAGAUAAAGAGCUGACCAUUCUUGCUAUAAUAGCUCAAAAAUAGAUAAUGUAAAACGAAAAUAUUGAAAAUUUCAUUCAAAUUACUUUAUUCUAAGCCAAGUUAUCACUGUUUGUUGCUUUGACAAGAUGUGUGCAUUGUGGUAACCAGGGCACUGGUAUAUUCGAGACUAAGCAUCGCUUUCCCAUUUUAAAAUUCUAAUCUAGUUCAAAUCUCGAGGAUCCGAUGUCAUUAAGAGUUGAUUAUGGUCUUGUUUUGUUAAUUAAUGUCUAAUUAAUAGUUUAUAUAACAUUUCAGCCCCAGAAAGACCUGCAAUAGGCAGAUUUACCCCUUGGUUUGUUUAAACUAUUAUUGCGAGAACUGUCAGUUCUUUAUCUAAAUCUUACGUAAUGCAUCUUUAACUUUCCCUGAUUGAUCACCAUGUCAUGCUAUAUUAAUAAAACAAGAUACCUUUACACAAUCAUCUGUUAUACGUCAAUAGAUAUAUUUGAAUUUUAAUAAUUCAUAGAUAACAAAGCGAAAGCGAUUGUAAUUGAUACUUUAUUAAACCAAGUAUACAUAUCAAAAUAAAGGAACAAGCAAUUCGAUACAUCAGUUGUCUUCCAAAGGUUUUUUUUUUUAUAUAUAAAAUAGAAAUGCAUAGCCUUCGGUCACAGCAAAUGCCCCAAUAGUCAGCUGAUGUUUUGGGUUUAUGUGAUUCACCAUGUAACAAAUACUAGUAUUUAUUUAAUUUUAUUGUAAGAGAGGGGGGGGGGGGAAAGGGUUAACACAUGCACUUUAGAUCAUAAGUUCUAUCAUUGAGUCAAAUGGCAUGGUUUCGAUUCACCGCUUGUACGUGACAAGGAAUAGGGUCGCCAGAUUGCCAUCUAACCUCGUCCACUGGUUUCCUCCCAAAGCUAAAGCCCUCAUGUGCAAGCGAAUUAUAGUUUGUGUCGAGUGGGCGUAAAAUCCCAUUUAUCCUUUUUUUCUGUUCUCUCUCUCCCUCGAUUGUCUUGACAAUAAUUGGCUUUGGAAGUUUAUGCCAUAGAAAAGGUCUAGCAUAGGACAAAGCACGUUUUCCAAGUUGUAAGUUAACAUUUGGAGAUUUUAGAAGAUGUAUUGUCUGAGAAAGUUUUUUAAAAUAUAAUAUGUGAAUUAAUUAUAUUCAUUUAAUUUUAUUUUCUUUGAGUAUGGUGACGGUCGUGGUGUUGUCGGUUGCGCUGCUGAUAGUGGUUGUAGUUGUAGUGCAAGAGGUGGGGUGUAAAUGUUAUAUAUUAUUUAUAUUCGUUGAUUUUUGUCUUGGUGGCGGGCAAUAUUUUCCAUUUCUUAUGUUUAUUACAUUAAAAUAUAUAUUUCUCUGAGUUAAACGUAAUUGAAAUGGUGUUUAACGUCCGACUGGGCUAAUGAAGACAGGCAUACGCCAUAUUGUGUCCUAUGAGGGAAUUUGUGCCAGGGACCGGUGCUACUGCCUACUCUUAUAUCGAAUUCCAACUGCCAAGGAUUCUUUUACACCUCAUCUGAUGAGUAUACGUUGCCCAAGGCCCUCUGUCCUGCACCAGUGACAAGGGGGAACCACGCCGGUGGGUUUCGGUGGAUUUCCAGAAUGAUGUACAGGGAAAGGUCAUCAUCUGCAAGUUGGUACCAAAAGACCUUCUAAAGGAAUUUUGUGGUGGGUCUUUCAGUAUUUUGACUAGACUAAUACUAAAAUAGACUAUCACGAGAAAUAAUCCCACCCAACUCUCUAACCAAAUAAUUAAUACAGGACGGAAACAAAAUAACGGACUACGGGCAUAUUUAUGUUUGUAAAUGCCCAAACUCAGAGCUGGGUCUGAGAGCAAUAGCUUAUUCAUACACAAAAUUUGAAUUGUCGUGAAAGAGCCAAACACCCUUACGAUAGAUAAGCCUUGCUGAGACCCCCUUAUACGAAAUGAUCUGUCUCGAUAAAUGACGUAUUUAGCUUCUAUUUUUAUACGCCCACAUUGAAAUGUCGUCGUAUAUUGUCGUCGCCCCUGUCCGUCUGUUGGUCCGACCGGCGUCCACAAGCUCUAGAGGCUAAAGUUAAUAUCUGAUUGACUUUAAAUUUAUAUACAGUGUUUAAGGCCAUGAGACAAAGAAGCCUAUUGAUUUUCAGCGAUUUCCGAUAAUUACUGCCAGAGUUAUGGUCUUUGAUCACUUCAAAAAAUCUUGUGGACGCUCUAGAGGCUAAAGUUAAUAUCCGAUUGACUUUAAAUUUAUACACAGUGUUUAAGGUCAUGAGACGAAGAAGCCUAUUGAUUUUCAGCUAUUUCUGAUAAUUACUGCCAGAGUUAUGGCCCUUGAUCACUUUGAAAAAUCUUGUGGACGCUCUAGAGGCUAAUCCGAUUGACUUUAAAUUUAUACACAAUGUUUAAGGUCAUGAGACGAAGAAGAGGCUAAUCCGAUUGACUUUAAAUUUAUACACAGUGUUUAAGGUCAUGAGACGAAGAAGACUAUUGAUUUUCAAAGAUUUCCGAUAAUUACUCCCAAAGUCAUGGCCCUUGAUCACUUCAAAAAAUCUUGUGGACGCUCUAGAGGUCAAAGUUAAUAUCCGAUUAACUUUAAAUUUAUACACAGUGUUUAAGGUCAUGAGACGAAGAAGCCUAUUGAUUUUCAGCGAUUUCCGAUAAUUACUGCCAGAGUUAUGGCCCUUGAUCACUUUGAAAAAUCUUGUGGACGCUCUAGAGGCUAAAGUUAUCAUCCGAUUGACUUCAGAUUGAUACACAGACACAGAAUUUAAGAUCUUGAGACGAACAAGUAUAUUGAUUUUCAGUGAAUUUUUAUGACUUGAACUGCUAAAUCCAUGAUAUUAAAAGUUUUGUAUACUAAAUGUUAGCAUGGAGCAGAACUUUAUAAAAACCAAACAAAUUCUAAUGGUUUUCUGAAAAUUACUUCACGAGUUGUUACUCUUAAUCAGAUUUUAGUGUAUUAUAAAUGUUUCAUUACCGAAAAAAGUAAAAAUAUGUGACAACACUUGUUGACUGCCUGGGUGAUUUAGCUGCUGUGGGCGUAUGUUUCGUUGCCUGGCAACCUAUCUUUGUAUUUUUCUAUGUCCAACUUUUUGAGAAGUUCAAUUUUACAAGAGAGGACUUUUUAAUUCUCUGGAAUAUUUAGUUGUACAAUAGAUUUUAUUUAGCCGGAGGUAAUUUCAAACACACGGGUAAGUUUAUAAUAACCAAAGUCAAGUAGUUUGUUCAUAAUCGAAGAAAUCUGUUUAAAAUUUACGAUGGUUCAGACAGUAGGAUAACUUUUGACACUUGAAAAUUCAAUCUAUUCUAAUAAUGGCGACCAAAUUUCAUGUUUUUUUCAAGUUUUUGGUCAAAUAUAUCCUAAACGUACUGUGUAAUACCUCUACAUAUCGGUUUUAGAGGCAGGAAAGCACGAAAAUGUCCGAACAACUGGGAAGCAUCUAAGCUUUCAAACUAUCAAAAACUGCGAAAAAUCAUGAAAAAAAAUCUCAUAGAUUCGACUUUCAAGUCCUUGAGUGAAGAGGAGCAGCAAGAGAGGUGUAAGUAGGCCCAUAAGUCGGACGCUACAGUGGCAGCAAGAAAACUGGCUACUCUGAAAUGUUCUAAAUGGUUAGUCUUAGCGAAAAAGACGCAAUUCACAGAGAAAAAGAAUACAUGAUUACUUCCAACCAUUGAUCAGUGCAAAGAGCUUGGUGGACCACAAACAUCUAACAGACUUCCACUUCUUGACAGUCUAUCUGAAAAGGAAUUACUACAGGAAAUCGACUACCUGAGGCUUACAAUUGCACCUGGUAUUAGACUUAGACUUAGCUCCUUUAACAUUGGUUCCUUUCGAUAAUGGCAUGUAUCGGACCAUAACUUCAUAACUAUACAAUACUCUGUUAUAUAUUAAUCUGUUAAUGAGUCUAUUUCCGCCAAUGUUAAAGGAGCUAAGUCUCUAACUUAAUAUUUUCAAUAAUAUUUUCAAUUUUAAAAAUUAAAUUUGAAUUAAUAUUGAUGUUGUUACCUUGCUGUGAAACUAAAGGAUCUUAAUAUCCAAUAUUUGAGACACAAUUAACAUUUUAUAAUCAGUACACGAGUUUGUAAUUCCAUGGUUUUGGGUAUGGAAGACCAAACUAAAUACAUUUCGUCUUUAUAUUAAAAUACAAUUAAAUUAAACAAAGAUAAAAUUUACAAAUCUGACAAGUGUCUGAUUGUACGAAAAAUCACUUUUUUACCUUGAAGACACUCUUGAGGUCACAAUUAUGAUCCAAUUUAGAUAAAAUUUGAAAUGUUUGUUUAUAACCCAAAGAUCUCGGUUCCUUUUGAUAUUCGCGCAUAUCCUGGAUUAGGGCCCCUGAUUGUAUGAAAAAUCAUGUUUUUAGCUUGUGGUCCACCUAAAGGUCACAAUUUUUAUACGAUUUAAUUGAUAGGUUGUGAGACAACGAAACAUACGCCCACAGCAGCUAAGUUGUCUGGGCAGUCAACAAGAGUUGUCGCAUAUUUUUACUUUUGUCGGUAAUGAAACCUUUAUAAUCCACUAAAAUCUGAUUAAGAGUAACAACUCAUUAACUAAUUAUCAGAAAAUCAUUAGAAUUUGUUUGGUUUCUAGUUCUGCCCAUGCUAACGUUUAGCAUACAAAACGUUUAAUAUCAUGGAUUUCGCUGUUCAAGCUAUCAAAAAUCGUUGAAAACUCUGUGUAUCAAUCUAAAGUCAAUCGAAUGAACACUUUGGCCUGUAGAGCAUCCGCAAGAUUUCUUGAAGUAAUCAAGGGUCAUAACUCUGUCAGUAAUUGUCGACUCAUGACCGUAAACACUGUGUAUAAAUUUUAAAUUAAUCCGAUGAUAACUUUGGUCUCUAGAGCAUCCACAAGAUUUUUCAAAGUGAUCAAGGGCCAUAACUCUGGCAGUAAGUAUUGGAAAUCGUUGAAAAUCAAUAGGAUUCUUCGUCGCAUGACCUUAAAGGUGUAUCUUGCCUGGCAACCGCUGGUUAAUCAUUUGAGCAGAAUUUCUUGAAGAUAUUUAUCAAUAAAGAUUUGACUUGAGGGAGAUGGUUGAGGACAAAAUGAAAAAAUGUACACUGUAAUAUUUAUACCCAGUUAUUCGCCUUGCUAAAACAGAGGGGUGUUAUUGUCCAAUCGACAGUGUCUAAUUGAAUAAUCAAAACGCAAGAUUAACCCUUAAGCAUGUUACAAUAUUUAAUAAACAUCAUGUUCUGUUUUAUUGUGUUCAGCAUUUUCUUGUGAUUUAACAUUCGAUUUUAUUAAUAACUUAAAGCUGCUGAUUAAGGGAUUUUGAAUCUCUUGCAAACUUCUUUAUAGUGACUGAACAUUGAAUCUUUGAAAGGAAUAUCAUUUAGGUUUUUGGUUCAGUAUUUACAAAGACAUUCAAUAUCAUCUUUGCAGAGGGCAUAGAGUGAAAACAGAAGGGGGAAAGCUUUAGUAGAUCCAUUUUUGAACUAUAAUUAGGUAGAAGAAUAAUAUUGGAUCUGUAACAUAAUUUAACCAAAACAAAUGUAUAAUACAUUAGAAGCAUCCUUUUGUAUUCAUUUUUGUAUCAUAAUGUAACUUGUUUAUAAACAAAUGUACCGGUAAGUAUGUACUAUUAAUCUAUCUAUAAACGCUUUAAAAUGCUUUUUAUGCAAAAAAAAAAUUUUGUUAGUUUUUUUUUUAGAUCAUUUCUAUAUAUAUGUA